CAACAUGUCGGUGGAGAAAAAGACAACCCCCGAGAUCUUCGACCCCAGGUCGACCCCAGAAAUGACGGCAAAGUACUACGACAACUGGUCUGGUCAUUAUGAAGAGGAGAUCAUGACGCAACUAAAAUGCACAGCUCCCCGGGUCUGCGCAGGCGCUGUAGGGAAAGCCCUGGGAGGGUUGGACCGCGGGAAGGUCAAGAUUCUUGACGUGGGGGCCGGGACCGGGCUGUGCGGGGAAGAGUUGGUGCAGUUGGGCUUCACCGACAUAGACGGAGUGGACGGGAGUCAGGACAUGCUGAACCUGGCCGAGAGGAAGCAGAUCUACAAACGACUUAUCUGCGACUUUGUCGGGCCGAACCGUCUGGAUAUCGAAAACGACACCUAUGACGCCAUCGCUUGCUGUUCUUCCUUCGCCCCGGGUCACCUGAAGGAGGACUGCCUACCCGAGCUCAUCCGAGUCGUCAAACCAGGUGGCUAUAUCAUCAUCACGUUCCGUGAGGAGUACCUGUACAUAGUGGAGGAUUACAAUGGCAAGCUGGAACCCGCCAUGGCCCGUCUGCAGGACGACGGGCUCUGGGAACGAGUCAGCCGGGAAGUCUUCCCCAAGUUCUACGAAGACAAAAACGGGAUCACCUUCGUCUACAAGGUCUUGUAGUGGGCGACAUUUCAGCUCAGAUGUGCCUUGCUGAAAAUAAAAGUUCAAGGAUUUGAAAGCA